AUGGUUAAAUUUGAUGAUUCAUCCUGUCUCGAUUUUUGUAUGUACAACGUAGCCAGCAGAAAGAAGGAAGGACGUGCAUUGUACAACCGCUCAUGCGUAGAUAUUCAACAAGGUUUAACACUUCAUGCUGAGCCUCUCUACGAAAAAAAAAUGACUUUUGGUAUAAUCAGGCCAAUCUUUCAAAAUGUUGUCUUCCUGUUAACAAUUGUUUUAUUUCUCGUGGGAAUCUGGAGUUAUUUAUAUCGACACGAAUCAAACUAUUGUGAAAUGACAUAUAUGUUUGAAAAUCCAACCUAUCCAAGAAUAUCAUUACCGAAAGAUGUUGAAACACGCUAUCCACGUUAUGCGCUUCAUUCCUAUUGUGAAGGUGCUCGAUGUGAAGCUCAUCGACGGAAUCAAUUUGUUGGUUAUCCUGUUUUAUUCAUCGUUGGCAAUGCUGAUAGUUAUCGCCAAGUUCGUUCACUUGGUUCAGUCGCCUAUCGAAUGGGUGACAAGCAAAAACAAUUGGAUUAUUUCUCCAUUGAUUUCAAUGAAGAACUUUCAGCUUUGUUCGGUGGUGUUUUAGAACAACAAACAGAAUUUAUUGCUCAUGCUAUUAAAACAAUUUUUUCUUUUUAUAAAACAAAGAAAACAAUUAUUCUUGUAGGAAAUUCAAUUGGCGGCCUUUUGUCCCGCGCUGUUUUCUUACAACCACCGGAUCGUUUCGAUCCAAAUACAGUUCGUCUUAUAAUUACACAGGCAACACCUCAUCAAGCAGCUGUUAUUCAUGCAGAUAGUUAUAUUAUGAAUUUUUAUUCUCGUGUCAAUCAAUAUUGGAAAGAUGAAUGGAAUAAUUCACUUAAGCAUCUUACUCUCUUAUCAUUAGCUGGUGGUGAUAGAGAUCAUCUUGUACGAAGUGAUUUAACUUCGUUGAAUGGUCUUACUGAUGAAAGUCGAUCGAUUGAUGUGCUAACAAGUGCUGUACCUUAUGUAUGGGCAUCAACUGAUCAUCGUUGCAUUGUCUGGUGUAGACAAUUAGUAUUGGCUACAACACGUGCACUUCUUGAAAUUAUUCAAGAGAAAAAACGAGAUUCUCAAACAACUAUGCAGAUUCUUAAACAAUAUUUUUCUCCGUCUGUUGAUUUAAAUCUUGGAAUAAAUACAACAUUGACUUAUAAAAAAGACCCUACCAUAAUCACCGAAUCAAGUAUAUCAAUUUAUGGAAAAGAAGAAAAUGAUUAUUUGAUUCCAUUGAAAAAUUCAAAAUUUCAUCGAAUUAUUAUUCAUUCAACAAAUGCUAAAAUUUAUUUAAGAAAUACUGAUGUAACCUUGGACAUCACCAAUACUCUUCUACCCAUUCCACCGACAUAUAGUGAUCGUAAAAUGAUUCGAUUCGACAUUAAACAAUUAGAUGAUAGUUUAAAACAAUACGACUCAAUUCUUAUUCGACUUGAAAAUAAGAAAUCACAAAUUGAUAUAUAUCAAAUUGAAAAUGAUGAACAAGUAGUUGAACUUUCAGCAUUUGGUUCACAAACAUUAAAAUUCAAUCAAGCAGGCUAUGUCAAACUUGUCUUUCCAACAUUGUCUAAUCUUUGGCAAGUCUAUUGUAUUCAUUUAUCGUCAAAUAGUGAAAACACUCCUUUAAUUCAUUUUCAUGUUCCAUGGUCAAACGAAGAUCUAUACAAUCUAAUUUCAUUGCGUCCUGCUUCAUCACCAACUACUAAUCUGCCAAAACCGCUUGCUCGUCAAAUGCGUUUAAAACUUCAUCGACCAUCUCAAUUUACUAAUGGCGAAUAUCCGUCACUUGAACUUUUUCUAAAUUCAAAAUCUUCCUAUAAACUCGAAAUUAGUUAUUCAUUUCUUGAUUUUCUAUCUCAAUUGAUACGCUACUAUGUUUAUUUACUACCAACAUUUUUAUUUACUGUUCUAUGUGUAUCAUAUUCACUGCAAGUCGACGAAGUUACACUUCGUACAUAUCAAACUAUGCUCGCAUGGCAAAUACAUAUUCCUGUAGCUCUAUUAAUAGCAAUACUUUAUAAAAUUGUAAUCAUUUUAUUUCCAUCAUCGGCUUUCGUCGUGAACAUACAUUCAAAUGGUUAUUAUUUUUUUUCUUUACCCUUAAUUCUCUAUUUUCUUUCACUAAGUCUAUGGGCUAUGAUAUCAUUUAUAAUUGAUUAUCUGAUAUUUGAUUUCAUUCAUAUUAUGUUAUAUCCAUUAUUAGCUUAUUUCUCUAAUGAAUUACGUCAACAACAAAAAAUCACACGUUUAAUCCAAUGGAUAUCAUUAUCAUUACCUUUAAUGUCGACAUUAUUAUUCAGUGGUUCAAAUGGUCAUAUAAGCUUAUUUAUAUUAGCAUUAUUACAUAUAGUGUGGCGUGGAACAAUCAAUCAACGUUUGAGAAGAGUCUUAACAACGAUACUUUUAUUUCAUGGUCUUCUUGUUGUGCUUAAUUUAACUGGUUUUAUAAUGCAUAUUAAAAGUAUUUUAAUACAAGGCUUAUAUCCAUUAUUGAUAAUUAUGCCGGAUCCAUCAUUUCUAUCAGCAAUAUGUUGUAUAACAGCAUUUUAUCUUCGAUUUAAAUUGAGUCAAUCACAAAAAAAAAUAAUUCAAGUUUUAAAAAUAUUCUUUUUAAAAUAUAAUCGAAGUAUAUUAAUUUUAUUGGCAUUGAUUAGCCAAUUUUUUUGUUCCUAUUCUAUGCACUAUUUAUGGAUAUUGAUUUCUUUUAUAUUUAUUCAUGUAGCUGUGAUAUUUUUUGUUCCUUCACAUCGUGACUAA